CUUGACCUAAUUUCCCAUUUUGCGAUGAGCGCCUAGGGUUUGAGGUGAGGAGUGCGAGGAGCUGGGCGGCGACGUGAAUCCGGCAGGCAAGAAUCGGCACUCCAGAGGUAGACGCAUUGAUCCGGCGCCUCGAUCCAGCGCUUCUUUAGGGCGGAAAAAGAGAGGCGGCAAGCGAUCGAGCGAGCAUGAAGACGCCCGAGCAGCUCAAGGUGACCGAGCUCAAGGAGGAGCUGAAAAGGCGCGGCUUGAGCCCCAAGGGGCUCAAGAAGGAGCUGGUGGAGCGGCUGGAAUCCGCGCUGCGGGAUGAGAAUGUCAGGGCGGAGGCGAUGGCUCGCGCUCAGGCCCAAGCCCAGCAGCAGGAGGAAGCGAUUGCGGUGAAGGCCGCGCAGGAGGAGAUUGAAGUUCCGCCUCCAGUGGCGGAGGAGGAGAUGGACGUUCCGGCUCCAGUGGCGGAGGAGACGGUUUCUGUGCUGGAAGGGACUCUUGUCACCACCACGACUGACGAGGUUUCCAAUGUGGGUGAGAUGGAUUCUUUCGUGAAGGAGACGGUGAUGGAAGAGACUGUCCAUGUCACGAACUUGAACCAGCCGGCUCCCGAGGAGACGAUGGUGGAGUCUGUGGUGACUGUGGAAGAGACGACCAUCAAGGUCGUGGAGGAGAUGCCAUCCAUGGCCGCUCCUAUGCUGGAGGAGGAAGCUAAGCUCGAAGGAGGGGCUGUGGCAGCCGAGGGUCUUACUCCCACAGGGCUGGAAGAGGGGAUUAAGCUCGAAGGAGAGCCCGUGGUGGAAGAGCUUGCUAAAGGUGAGAGCUUUGUAGUCGUGGAGAAGACUGAAGAGGUGGUUAUCAAAGUGGAUGUCGAGGCAAAGGCCGAGAGUGUGGAGGAUGUCCUUGCCGCCACCCAGAAUGUGCUGCACGAAGGCUUGAAGGAGAUAGCCAGUGUGGAGGACUUGAAGAACGAAAGCGUCCUUCAGGAUGAGACUCUGGAGGCCUUGAAGGAUAUGAACGAGGCCGUCGAAGACUUGAAAGACGCGGUGGAGGAUGAGAAAGAGAUUGUCGUCGAAGCGAUGAAAGAUGACAAGGAAGACUCCAAGGACAGGGACAGUGUGGAGGAAGACCUGAAGAUCAAGGACAGUGACAAGGAGAGUAUGGAUAAUGUGGACGGUGAUUCGAAAGCCAUGGAUGUCGAUGCUGAGGCCCAGGCGGGACUGAAGAGAAAAGACAAUGGCGAACAGCAAGUAGAUCAGAGCAAGAGGCAGCGCAGGUGGAAUUCAGGGAAAAAUAUGGGGGCAGAUGUUGAGACAAGGCCUAAAGUAUCGCCAGACUUGAUUGUUAACGAUGGUUCUAAUCUUGCAGGUGGUAAUUCCGUCGGUACUAGGCCUUUAGCUGACAGACCAGCCCGAUCAGUUGUGUCUCCUCUAUCAGACGCAGCCAACAACGGACGUAUUGUGUCACCUUCAGAUAAGAAUCCCACAACAUCUUUGAGAAUUGACAGGUUUGUGCGCCCUUUUACCCUCAAGGCGUUGAAAGAUCUUCUUGCAGACACAGGCAACUUUACAGAUUUUUGGAUGGAUCAGAUCAAAACGCACUGUUAUGUCACGUACUCCUCUGUAGACGAAGCAGUAGCUACAAGAAAUGCUCUGCACAAUCUGAAGUGGCCUGUGAUAGGGGGGAAACAGCUAGUGGCAGAGUUUGUAGAGCCUGAGGAGGUGAAGCUCAAGGUUGAGAGUGGCAGCAAUGACAAGCCUACCGUGACCAUCCCUCGGGGAUGCACUACUGGGGGAUCAGCUUUCCCGUCUCCACACACGCCGGUGUCGCCUGUAGCUCCACCAGCGCACAAGGAAAAGCCAGCACCACCACCAAAGCGAGAGGCUGAGCCGAUGGUUACUCUCGAUGAUCUGUUCAAGAAGACGAGCGCCAAGCCCAACAUAUACUACUUACCAUUGACCGAAGCGCAAGUAGCAGCCAAGGCGGUAGCGGUGGCAAAGUCGUGAAGAAGUAGUAAGCGCUGCUAAAAAACAACCGCCGCUUGGCUUUCGAGGCGCUUGGCGGAGAUAUCGUCUUCUUCUACAGCUGGGGUGGUGCUCUCUCUCGUCUCUCUCUCUCUCGUUAUUUUUCUACUCUUGUUCUUCUUCCAGCAGCACAAGCUUUUGUUUGCAAAGUUUGAGAGAAAGUACGAUGAUAUAAGUUAUAUAUCGAGACUUGCACACUUUCUCCACUUCUCUUUGGGUAAUUUUACGUAUUUGAUUAUCUUCGACGAAA